AUCACAUACAUCAGCAUUGUAUGUCACAACGGCUUCGUUACAUGCAACGAUGUUUAGUACAGGAAUUUAUAAAAUGUAUUGUGUACAAUAGUGAAAUGCUUUAUGCGAUUAUUUUUACCGACUUUUUAAAUCGAAUCGGCUUAUAUAUAGUGAAGAAUUGAUUUUAGAGUGCCCUGUAGUGUUCGGUAGCUGUGCGGGAUUUCUAUCUCGUGCUAUCGACAGCAUGAGGACACGGGACAGGUGCUUGUUUACCUUACACAUCGCUGCCGUGUUGAUUUUCUCUGCGUACUCGUUAGACAUCUGUGUCACAGAUAAUUCCGGCGUACGCUGCGGUGAUGGGAAUCACGUACGCCUCACCCGAAUUCAGGGCAACGAGGUGGGGCAUGUUCAAAAAAUUGAUACCAACGACACCCAAGGAAGCGUUACAUUGACAACGCUCAACACAAAGCCACUUGUGAUUGAAGCAGAAAGCUUUCUAUCCCCAGAGGAAUGUGACUACUUCGUACAAAUGGCGAAAGAUGAGGGUCUGAAGGAGAGCGAGACUGUGCUCAAUCAACCGGAGAACCAGCGCUUCGUGCUCAGAGACCAUGACGGAAACAAGAAGCUGAGCGUGCGUGAGAUGAGACAUACCAUUCAGGGAAGCUUUGAUGUUUUCUUGGAGGAUGAAGAUAUAUUAAAAUUGUACAAAGAAACUGGGUGGGACAAAAACGGAGACGAGUUGAUAACGAAUGGUGAACUGAAGUCUUUUACCCCGAUGAUGUUACAAGCCGAGAUACAGAAAAUAGUGAAGGCCAACCCAGAGAAACAUUCCCGGAUGAGUAAACAGGUGUGGCUCUACCCAGACCGGUCCAAGGACAAGGUGUUUGCCGAGGUCCAAAAACGUGUUGCAAAAGUAGUUGGACUUCCAUUAGAGUUAAUCAAACUCAGUGACUUUCAGGUUGUGUCUUACGGCAUAAAGGGUCAUUAUAAUGCACACUGGGAUUCAGCGCGUGUGGAACCAAAAGUACCUUGCUGCACUAGAGAGCGCACCAAGCAAUGUCGGAUAUGUAGGUACAUGACCAUUUUAUUUUACCUGAAUGACGUAGAGGAGGGAGGCGAGACAGCAUUUCCGGUGGCAAAUAACAGCACUCUGGAUUACCAGACGAUGAUGGAGAAAGAUUUGGUAGACCUCUACCGGAAGUGUGAGGAAUCCCCGCUAAAGGUGUCCCCGGCAAAGGGGAAAGCCGUCAUCUGGUACAAUCAUUUUGUAGACGACGCCAAUGGUUGGCUAGGGCCGCUAGAUGAGUUUACGUUCCACGGAGGUUGUCCCGUCAAAAACGGGGUCAAGUGGAUAGCCAAUUUCUGGGUCAAAACAACGGACCAUAAAAUUAAAGACUUGAAGAAAAUGCAAAAGUUUUACAAAGCAUCAACAGAAAAACAGCCAAAGAUGUCGAAAGAGGAGCUAUAAAAAGGACAGCACCUACUGUUAUUUGCUCAAAAUCUCAUUCCUUUACUACAUACGUUUGUAUAAAUGGUUUAUUUCCUUAAUUUAUUUUUUCAUAAUGUUGUCAUGCUGUAAAUUAUAUAUUUACCGGGUGGCAGUUGAUACAUACUUUAAUUACUCCUUAUGUUGUACAUUUUGUAUUUACUGCCACCAGGCAAAUUUUUUCAAAAUUUACAACAUGACUAUUUCGUGCAUCAUCAAUUUGUAUUUUUCAUUAAUGGGGAAAAGGUGAACGAAACAUGCAAUAAACAGGAAUUUUU